AUGUUGCGGGGGGGCCUGGGCAGCCUGCCCGCAAGCCAGCCGGAGGAAAGGAAGCUCAGGGCUGCCCAUGUCUGGCUGCCAUCGCCUGCGCCGUGCAGCUCCGAGCGCGGCGGGGCCCUCACGCCCUCUCUCUGCCUGCAGAACCCCUUCCACCUGCGCAUGGACCUCCACAGCCCCCUGGAAACGCUGGUGGACGUGCUAGCCGCCGUCCUGCCAGCCAACGACUGCGCCGAGGAGUUACAGACCGAGGGGCUGCCUCUGGGGCUGCUGGCCUACGGGGAGGUGGACCGGCCGGCGCUGGAGCUCUUCAUUCAGGACGCCGUGCAGCUGGUGGCGAGGGCCAUUGGCAGCGCUGUGCACGUGCGGCCCGACCUGGCGCUGCUGCACACCAUGGUCAACUGCAACGACCGGCACACAGACACCGGCCCGUCCUCGGGGGAGUACCUCUCCCGGUUCUUGGCCAACACGUCGUUCCAGGGGCAGACGGGCCCCGUGUCGGUGCACGACACGUCGGCGGUGCACACGGCCCGGCACUACCGCCUCUGGAGCCUGCUGCAGGACUCGCUGGGCCGGCCCACCUGGGUGACCGUGGGCAGCUGGCGCGAGGGCAAGCUGGCGGUGGAGGAGGGCACCUGGCAGAGCCACCUGCAGCGCAAGAGCCCGGGCGACGGGGACGGCUUCUCCCGCCCCAGGCUGCGGGUGGUGACGCUGGUGGAGCACCCCUUCGUCUUCACGCGGGAGGUGGACGAGGACGGGAGCUGCCCGGCCGGGCAGCUCUGCCUGGACCCCCACACCAAUGACUCGGCCGUGCUGGACACCCUCUUCGAGGCGCUGGGCUCCAAGAACGGCUCGCUGCCCCGGGCCCUCAAGAAGUGCUGCUACGGCUACUGCAUCGACCUGCUGGAGAAGCUGGCCGAGGACCUGCCCUUCGACUUCGAGCUGUACAUCGUGGGCGACGGCAAGUACGGCGCCUGGAAGAACGGGCGCUGGACCGGGCUGGUGGGCGACCUGCUGAGCGGCACGGCUCACAUGGCCGUCACCUCCUUCUCCAUCAACUCGGCCCGGAGCACAGUCAUCGACUUCACCAGCCCCUUCUUCUCCACCAGCCUGGGCAUCCUCGUGCGGACCAAGGACACGGCCUCGCCCAUCGGUGCCUUCAUGUGGCCCCUGCACUGGACCAUGUGGGUGGGCAUCUUCGUGGCGCUGCACGUGACGGCGCUCUUCCUCACGCUCUAUGAGUGGAAGAGCCCCUACGGCAUGACGCCCCAUGGCCGCAACCGCAGGAAGGUCUUCUCCUACUCCUCCGCCCUCAACCUGUGCUACGCCAUCCUCUUCGGCCGCACCGUGUCCAGCAAGACGCCCAAGUGCUGGACCGGCCGCUUCCUCAUGAACCUCUGGGCCAUCUUCUGCCUCCUCGUGCUCUCCAGCUACACGGCCAACCUGGCCGCCGUCAUGGUGGGCGAGAAGACCUUUGAGGAGCUCUCGGGCAUCCACGACCCCAAGCUGCACCACCCCUCGCAGGGCUUCCGCUUCGGCACCGUGUGGGAGAGCAGCGCGGAGGAGUACAUCAAGAAGAGCUUCCCCGAGAUGCACGGGUACAUGCGGCGCUACAACGUGCCCGCCACGACCGACGGCGUCACCAUGCUCAAGACAGAGCCUGCCAAGCUCAACGCCUUCAUCAUGGACAAGUCCCUGCUGGAGUACGAGGUCUCCAUCGACUCCGACUGCAAGCUCCUGACGGUGGGGAAGCCCUUUGCCAUCGAAGGCUACGGCAUCGGGCUGCCCCAGAACUCGCCCCUGACCUCCAACAUCUCCGAGUUCAUCAGCCGCUACAAGUCAGCCGGCUUCAUGGACCUGCUGCACGACAAGUGGUACAAGAUGGUGCCCUGUGGCAAGCGCGUCUUCGCCGUCACCGAGACCCUGCAGAUGGGCAUCUACCACUUCUCGGGGCUCUUCGUGCUGCUGUGCAUCGGGCUCUGCGGGUCCCUGCUCACCUCCCUGGGCGAGCACAUCUUCUACCGCCUCAUCCUGCCCCGCAUCAAGAGGAAGAAGAAGUUCAACUACUGGCUGCAUACCAGCCAGAAAAUCCACCGGGCGCUGAACAUGGGCUUGGAGGAGCAGAAGAACCAAAAGCUGAGCCUGGAGAAGAGCUGCAACAUCCAGAAGAGCCAGGAGCCCCCGGCGUGCCCCCCCAGCCAGCCCAGCUGGAACAACCUCCGGAAGGCGGCGGGGAAGGAAGAGAAGCGGGUGCACUUCAACCUGGCGAAGGAGCCCGCGGAGGCAGAGCCGGGCCCGGGGCAGGAGGCGCCAGUGUGGCACUGCAUGAAUGGCCGGGCCCCACAGCAGGAGGCGGGGGACAAGGAGGCCGAGGCGGCCGAGCUCAGGGAGCUGGAGGAGAGGAUCAAGGACAUGAGGGACCAGCUGCGGGCGGCGCUGGUGAGGAAGAGCGAGCUGGUCGUGGCGCUGGGGCCUGCUCCGAGCCGCCACGCGCUGCCCAUCAGGGCUAUCACCAAGAAGAGCGCGGACAGCUCCAGCCCGGAAAGCAGGCAGCCUUGCCUUCAGGGCAACGUCCCUGUCCCCUCCCUGCAGCGGAGGCUCCCUGCACACAGCAACAAGCCACUGUGA